AAAAAAAAACUUUCAACUUUCAGGUAGCUAAAGUAGCUUCAUUUUGCUCGAUUUGAAUAAUUAAUCGAGCUAAAAAUCUUUAUUGACUCAUAACUCGCGAUUAUAAAUUCAAAUGAGUCGUUUAAAUAUAAAGUGUUCACUUGCAACGUUUAUUUCAUGUAUAAACAGUAUCGAAGGAAAGUUCUUCAGUUCAUGAGGUUGCCCUAGAAACAAUACUUGAUUAUUUCAUUCAUAAAAUUCAUCUCAGCGAAAAAUUAUGCCUUUGAAAGGAGUAAAAGUUAUAGAAUUGGCGGGGCUCGCUCCUGGGCCAUUUUGUGGCAAAAUUCUGCUUGAUUUCGGAGCCACAGUUAUCAAAGUGCACAAAAUGGUCGAAUCGAUUCCAGAUGUACUAUCAAAUGGAAAAAAGUCAGUUGGUGUCAAUUUAAAGUCCAAAGAAGGCGCUGAAGUGUUCCAAAAAUUGUGCGGUUCUGCUGAUGUACUAAUUGACCCAUUUAGAAAAGGUGUUUUGGAAAAACUGGGACUCGGACCCGAAGAAUUGUUGCUGAAAAAUCCAAAAUUAAUUGUCGCUCGGUUAUCUGGAUUUGGGCAAAAUGGUCAUUUUUCAUCUAUGGCUGGACACGACAUAAAUUAUUUAGCUAUAACAGCAUUCUGUUUCUUGUUAGGUUUAUUAUCUAUGUACGGAUGGCGAGGAAAACAUCCGAUACCUCCGAGUAAUUUCUCAGAAUUCGCCGGAGGCAGUUUAAUUUGUGCAUUGGGAAUUUUACUAGCUUUGUUUGAAAGAACUAAAACUGGCACAGGUCAAGUGAUAGAUAGUAACAUUACCGAAGGAAUUUCGUACGUUGGUUCUUGGCUGAUGAAAUCUAAAAAUACUUUUUUUGCGGAAUCGCGUGGAAAUAAUCUGCUAGAUGGUGGUACUCAUUUUUACGACGUUUAUGAAACUAAAGAUGGAAAAUUCAUGGCUGUGGGAGCCUUAGAGCCACAAUUUUAUAACGAACUUAUCGUUAAAUUAGAUUUUAGUCCGGAAGAGCUGCCUCAAUUGGGAGAUUUUGAAGAGAGUCGGAUCAAACUUCAAAAUAAAUUCAAACAGAAAACGCAACAAGAAUGGUGUGAAAUCUUUGAUUUAUCUGAUGCGUGUGUAACGCCCGUUUUGACGUUGGAAGAAGCAUCGAAACAUCGACAUAAUAGUGAUAGAAAGUCCUUUCUUAGAGACUGCGAUGGUGAUAUUAUGCCACUUCCGGCUCCUAGGUUGCAAAAAAAUCCGCCCACAAUGGAUAAUUUUCAGUCACCUUCUCCUUUGGGGGAACAUACUAUCGAGGUUUUGUCCGAAUUAGGAUACUCGAUCGAUCAACUUCGGCUAUUAGCUGCCAAUGGUGUUAUUUGGAAUCAAGAAAGAAGUAAAUAUUGAUCGUGUGAUUCAUCAUUUAUUCAUUGUUAUUUUUUUUUUCUUAUUUUACGUUAUUUUCAUAUUAAUCGAUGUUACAUUGUUACUUAUAUUUUGUUUCAAAUCAUGGAAAUAUGUAUUUGAAAGUAUUUUUUGGUUCUGGGAAAUGAAAAAUAAUGAUGUACUUACUAUGUAUUCUUUGAAUCACAUUUCUUUGAAUGGAAAAAUUUUACUUUACCAACGAUAUGUAAAUGCAACUAACUGUGAUACAAUCAUGAUAUUUUUGUUCGCUUUUUCAAAAAAAAAAAAAAGGUUUUUAUUAGUAUGAAACUCGUUA